GGAGUGGGAAGCGGGGUACAACCAGCGUUCCUUGGAUCCGGUGGAUACACAACUGAUCAUCGACGCGAUGAUGACGGCCUACUCGCAGGCCUCGAAGACUUACGAGCUGCCCACACUGAAGCUGGCGCCGUUGGGGCUGGAGAAACCGAAGCCGUGGGUGCGUGCACAAUGUCUAAAGCCCGAGGACUGGAAGGACGAGCUGGCGGACCAAUACUACUACUACGUUGUUGCCGGCCAGCAUAACUCGGCCGCCGCCAGGACGCUGCUUGGCACAGACGUGGCGGUGAGGUACAACUUCGAGAGGUGGCCUGCGCGAAUGGUGUACUUCUCCGACGUGAACUUCGAAGGGUAUUUUCUGAUCAGCGUCGAGGAUAACAAGAAGGACUUGAAGGCGCCUCCCAGACAACAGAAACUUUCGAUGAAGGACAUCCGGUGGUGCUGGAAGGACAAGGGUUACCCCAGAGCUGUUAUGGGGAACCCAAGUGGGAAACAGGCUCAGGUGGAGCCUUGGCGCCGGUUUUGUGAAGAUGCGCUUCAAAAGACGUCGUACAAUCAUUUGUGGACACUCGCUGACGACAAGACCGAGCAAGGCAUAAGGAAGCGGAACGUUGCCCUUCGAUCUUAUUUCCCGCUUGCGAUGGUCGGGGUAAGCGGGUGGAAAAUGGGAAUGGAAUUUUUCAAGAAAUGGGAGACGGGCCGGCUGCUGGCGCCCGAAGGGGCGAAGUGGAUCGCGAAGAAGAACAAGGUGAAGGGCGUGAAGGCCGGUGUAAGCCACAUCGAAAAUGUUAAGACCGGGCGAAAGGAGGUCGUCUACAACAUCCCCGUCGAAGCGCCUCAAAAGAAAGGAAAAAAAGAAAAGGAAUCCGGCGAUUGGUUCGUCCAAGUCAACGAGCCGGAUCCACACUGCUGGAAAAGCAUGGAAGCCCUCACGGACAAUGAGAAAUGUCGGUUGCUGAAGAAGGUUCUCAAUUGCGAGGUGGUGUGGGUGCAGACCGGCUCCUCUGCGUUUGCAAAGCAAGGGAAGCUGGGGAUGCAAGAGGCAGUGCAUCUGGUGAAGUGCGACCACAUCUUGACAGUGGACAUAGCAAGCUUUCGAGAGUUUGAAUGCCCUUCUACAACAUUUGUUCCCUUCGCACUGGACGGUCGUUGCUUUCGUCCCCCGGGAGCACAACACUACUUCAUGACCAGUCUGCGCCAUCUGUCCGUUGUCAAGGCAAUGGCAGGAAAGUGGGUGAGGAGGCCGCAGCAGAAGAAAAGCUUCGCGGUCGGCAACAACUUGUACUCAGUGGACGACCGCAUGUACAUCCUCUUCAAAGGUGACGACUUGCGGGAGAACACGUCUGUGGUUUACAACGCGAGGCUGGAGGCGGGUGAUGCUGCUGCUGUGGGGGCACAUGUCAAAGUCACACCGACGAACGUCUUUGAGAUGUCGUUCGAGCCUUGUGAAUGGCCCCUGGUCAUACCUGGCCGUGACCGCAAAGUUUACAAGGACAUGGAACGGAACCCCGCGCAGUUGGCCUAUUUGCUCGAAUUCUUGUGCAAAAAGGGGGAGGGUGUCAUGUUUCUCAGGAAGGCGCACGCGCAAGUCGUGUGGGAGGCUUCGAAGGGCGGUCGCAACGUCAUCGCGUUGGAGGGGAAUUCCGAGUUGCUGCAAUACACGUUGGAUUUCCUGAAAGGCGAGGUCAACUCGGGAGCCCACCGCUGCGAGUUCAUUUCGAGGACCGACAAACCGCGACGCGCUUGGGAGCCGUCCACGGACAUGUGGUCCAAGCUAAGCGAGAGGAAAAGGGAUAGGAUAUACGAGUUCCUCUUCCUUGGGACGCGGUCAAUGAGGGACAACGACCAUGAGUAUAUUCGACGCAGGGAGCACAUGUUGGCGUUGCUGGACAACUACCACGACGCCCCGCGUUUGAAUGCGAAGAACUUCCUAGACCGGCUAGAGUGUUUGUACUUUGUCGAGUCAGAGCAGGAGCUCAGGGUCGCGAGUUACAGUGCAUUGAUUGACACGGACGAAGAGGCAACGACCAGAGUCGUUUUCGACUCGAAUGUUUCGGAGGAGGAUAGCGACAUCGAGGAAAUUGCCCUGAAUUACCUCCCUGCUCUUGUUCUUCCACCUUGGGCUCCUCGAUGGCAGGGGAGUGCGGGAGGGGGAUCUCCAGGCCCUCCAGGUGGGGGAGGGGGUGGGGGAAGCGGCAAGGGGAUAGGAGAGGGCGCCGCGUCAGGGGGAUCGAUUGGCACUCACGACCAAGGCAGAACAUUGGAAAGCGGCGGCCGGGUUGGGUUGUUGAACGUUGCUGACAAGACGACCGUCGGGGCCAGCAAAUCGGCUAACUUCGCCGACAUCCGAACUUCUCAGAACGUGGAGCCGCCGCCUUUGGACGCUGCGAAGUCCGUCGGCGGCCGCACUGCAUCCACCACACAUUGGUCGGCACUCCCCUCGACGACUGAUUUUGCCGCUUUCGUUGGCAUCGGGAGAGGAUCGAGUGCGGGUGUUCCGAUCACCGGCGUCAAGUACAAGUCCGCCGCUAUCUGGACAAAUCCUCAUGAGGAGCACGAUGGGGAGCCCGUCCUGCGCAGCGCUACAAGAGCAGAAGUGUUGGAAACGGGUGCCAAAACGAAGUCCGCUGGAAUCCGCACUUCGGUUUCGUCCGGUGCGACGUCCGACGACUUUUCUACGCAGCAAGAGACUGCGUCGGCCGUCAGAGACGAGCAGCCAGCUGAGUUCAAUGCACGGUUGGAUAGCGGGGCGCCGUUUGUCCUCUGCAAUUUGAACUCCGCCGGUAUCCGAACUUGCUGGGGAACGGACUUGCAGUAAAAGGUCGUCGGGCGGGCGGGAGAUGAGAUGAGUGCGGGGACAAA